GUCCCUCCCUGCCGGCUCGCCGCCGACGCUGCCUGGCGGCCGACGGGCGAGGCUCCCCGAUCGAUCGUCAGGCCCGCGCGGCCGCGGCGGCGGCGGCGACGGCGGCAGACACCGGCCGGACCUCGCUGCCGCUGUGGCCGGCGCCACGCUGCCGACCCAGGGCACCGGGCGCGCGGCGCGACCAUGCCCUGAGGUGAUGGUGAGCUCAGCAGAGGCCGAGCCGGCACCCGGAGCUCGUGGUCGCUGACCGGUCGGUGCCAUGGGGACCAGCUGCUCCACCACGUCCACCGCCUCGGACGAGUCCAUCAACAAAUAUGGAGACAGGGCGGCGGCGGAGAAGGCGGCGCGCGAAGGGCCGCCGGCCGACAGCCCGCCCUACACACCCAGCUCGCUGCACUCGUGGGGCUCCGGCUCCGCCGUGGGCACCGAGCACCCGAUGUCCACCGUCGGACAGCGUCAGGUGGACACGGUCGACACCGAACACCAGGACAACUCGAUGCGCGUGCCGGCGCCCACACAGCAGGCCGUCAGCAAGAGCUCCUCGUCCACCGACCAGCCGCUGCUCGAUCCGGGCCUGCCCGACCUCAGUAAACUCAGUGAGCUCGUCCGCAGCCUCGUCACCGGAGACAUCAACUACGUCAAACCGAUCCUCAAGCCGCGGAAAAUCUGCAUCUACACAUGUGGCGAUCUCCAAGACACAAUAAUGGAGCGGUCAUCACUCAUGGACUACGUAUACCCGAAACUGCGCAUGUACUGCAUCGAGAGAGGUUACGAGCUUAACGUGAUCGACUUGCACUGGGGCCUACCGGAUGAACAUUUAAACGACCACUCCCUCAAAGAGCUUUGCCUGAACGAGCUUAAAAGUCACGCCAAAGAUUCACAUGUGGUGACCAUCGUGUUUUUGAACGAUACCUUCGGCAACCCGCUGCUGCCCCGGUGCAUCGAAGGUCCGGACUUCGACCAGGCGGUGUCGCGGAUAGAGGAUGAAAAGGACCGGGAACUGCUCUGGACGUGGUACCAAUGGGACGAGAACGCCUCGCCUCCGUGCUACCGGCUGGCCCCCAUCAGCACACAGAUCCCCGAUAUCAAGGAAAUGACAGCGGAGAAAAGGGCAGACGCCAUCAAGGAGUGGCGGCAUAUCGUCAAAGAAAUGAUGAACACCAUGCGAAAGGCAUUCAAUCAAGAACAAAAGGAAAAGUAUCUCACCUCGGUCAUGGAACAGGAAAUCAAGCAGGCAGUAUUUUUGAACCAGCAGUCGGCGAAGCGGUGUCUGUGGCUGUGCCGACGGUUCACCCACUUUCCGUCACACAACGUUCCCGAGGACGCCAAAUCGUACAUCUCCACCGAGCCGGAAUCAAAGAAACGGCUCGACAUUCUCAAGUCAGAGCUGAAGGAGCGGCUGGAUGAAACGCGAAUGCUCAAAUUUAUGGUCAAGUGGCACACGGGCGGCAUGGACGUGAAACACAGCGAGCAUAAACAGUUCGUGGAGGACCUGUGCGCACAGUUUUCACCCCUCAUCAUUUCAGUCAUCGAUAAUGUUCUGUCUGAGGACGAAUCCAAGCUUUCACACAUUCAGGAAGAGUUGAAGACCUACCUUGGCGUGGAGAAGCGACUUUUCCACGAGCUGAUGCAACAGUCGCUGGCGUGUAAAAACCGCUUCAGCCGGUUCCACGGCCGGCCAGAGAUGCUCGUCAAAAUCCGAAGGUACCUGAACAAUGACUCCUGCGUGCCGCUGAUUCUUCACGGGAGGGCCGGCUGCGGCAAAUCGUCGCUCGUGGCCAAGGUGGCAGAACAGUGCGGCAACUGGCUCAACAAUCCGCAGCUCAGCGUACGAUUUAUCGGUCUGACACCGGACAGCAGCACUACCGAGCUGGUUCUGCGCAGCAUUGCCGAGCAGUGCUGCGUUCUGUACGGAGAGCACUCGGCCACCGUCAGCAAGGGUAUUGGAGACCUGAACACAUAUCUGGCUCGCGUUCUGAGCAAGGCCAGCGCCGCGCGUCCCCUGGUGGUCAUCAUAGAUGGACUCGACCAGGUCCGGUCGUACAGCACCCGGAAGAUGGACUGGGUGCCCAAGGAGUUGCCCGAGCACACCAAACUCAUCCUCACCAUGGCCGACGACUGUGAGGAGUUUGCCGAUCUGGAGAAAAAGAUCGACGACAAAUCCUGCUUCCUGAAGGUUGGGCCUCUCACGACGGAAGAGGCCACCAACAUUCUGGACAACAUUCUGAAGGACAACAAUCGUAAGAUCAACAAGGGCCAGCGCGAGGUGGUGAACCGGUACAUCGCCGAGUGUCCACUGCCGCUCUACGUGGAGGCGGUCGGUAUGACCACGUGCAACUGGACGGGCGGCGAGGAGCACCUGGCGCUCCGCUCCACCCUGGUGGAGCAGAUUCACGUCGUACUGGACGAGCUGGAGCGAGAGGUCGGCGCCGUGCCGGUUUCUCGAAUUCUCGGCUACUUAACGGCGGCCAGGCAGGGUCUCAGCGACUCUGAGAUCAUGGACCUCCUCUCUUGUGACGAGGAGGUUCUCAACGAGAUUUUCGUCUACAACACGCCACCCGUGCGCCGGUGUCCGUCCAUCCUGUGGACGCAGAUCUCUUCUCGGCUCUCUCCGUUCCUCAUGAAGACCAUCGUGUCGGGACUCUGCCUGACCACCUGGAAGGACAACACGUUCUCAAAGGUGGCCCGCGAGCGCUACUUCAAACAGGAGCAGCAGUUCACUCCGUGCAUGGCGCUCUUUGAUUACUUCACGGGCAAGUGGGCGAACGGCCGAAAGAAGCCUGUGCUGUUGCCAAACGGCGAGCAGGCCAUGGACGCCGACGGCCAGCCGCUGGAGCUGGAGCGCUUCAUCAUGGACCAGCCCAUCCGAUACCGCAGCAGAUACAACCGGCGCAGGCUGGAUGAGCUGCCGUACCAGGUGUUCCAGCUCACCGGAAACAUCUUGGACGACUUUGUGCUGAACAACGAAUGGGUCUACGACAAGCUCUGCGGCUCGACGGCCUACCAGGUGCUGGAGGACGUCAGUCUGGCCAUGAGUAAGGACCCGGACAACAAGGAGCUGCAGCUGUUCCGCGAGCUGCUAGAGCUCAGCAGCUACGCGCUGGGCUGCGACGGACGCCAGUUUUACACACAGUUCUACGGCCGACUCAUGCAGUUUAUGAAGGAGGAGGAGAACCAGAAGCAGUACCCGCUGAUGAAGGCCAUCCAUGACAAGGCUUUCAGCGCGCCGGAGCCGUCUCUGAUCCCGCUGGGAUUCAUCCUGCAGGAGCCCGGUCAGGCCGAGCCGCCCGUCAAUGACAACGUCUACUUUAACCAGCUGUACCGGGCGAAGCAGAACCCACACCACGUGAUCACGGUGUCUCACACGCGCGGCGAGAUAGCCGUCUGGAACAUCUACACCAUGCAGGCGGUGCGCACUCUCAAGGGCAUCCACCAGCCGCAGAGCCUCAAAAUGAUCGACGAGUACCGAUGUCUGGUACUUUCCGGUCGUGAGCUGAAGAUCUACAACUUCGACGAGGGCCUGUUCGUGAUGAAGCUGAAACAGAUAAUGAACCAGAAGAUGCCCUACUACGGGCUGCACAACCAGGAUCACGUGGUGGCCCUCUCCAGGGACAGGAUGUACGUCAACAUGAUGAAUCUGCAGAACGGGGACUGUGUCGCCACCUUCAAGGUGGGCGAGGACCGGUUCCUGAACUCGCUGAUCGUCUCCGACGACGGCCGAAUCUGCGUCUGCGGCGACGAGACGCAGAAGCCGUUCCCGCUGCUGGUCUGGGACCUGCAGAGCAGGAAGCUGAUGUACGACCUGCGCAUCCCGCACCACGAGUUUGUGACGCGCCUGGCGGCCAUCACCUCAGAGGGACACUACGUCUGCUGCGGCUGCAGGGAGGUGGAUGAGCCGUCGUCGCCCACCUUCGUCGUAGUGUACGACCUCCAGAGUGGCACCCUGUUCAAAAAGUGCAAGCUGGGCGUCAACGUGGUCUCCAUGGCCAUCUCGUCGCAAAGCAGCUGCAUCGUGGUUGGCCUGGAGGACUGCAUGGUGGUCGUAAUCGAUCUCAUCUCAGGAAAUACUCGGUGGAACCUGAAGGGUCACACGGCCCCGCCGGACGCCAUCAGGUUCGACAACCGCGGCCACAAGUUUCUGACGUUCGACUCCGAGGGCCGCGACAGGUCUGUGCGCGUCUGGGAGCUGAUGACCGGCAACUCCCUGGGCGUGUUCACUCCCGACCAGACCAUCACCGCCUGCGACCUCUCCGGCGACGGGCGGGCCGUCAUAUUCGCCCUCAAAGGCCGCAGUCACAUCGUGACGCUGGCGCUGUGCCACGGCCAAGGCCUGGAGCUGCCGCAGGUCAAACAGUACGGCAGCGAACAGAACCAGGGCAAGACGUUCGACCUCUCGCAGGCCGGAACGUGGACCAACAAUGACAAGAGUCUGUGGGGCAACUGAGGGCCGGCCGGCCGGUGACCCGCCCACCGUCGGUCGGAGGGGGGACGGCGCGGCCGGUCCGUGCGCCCGGCCGGCCGCCGCCGCCCGCCCGUCGUCAGCGCGCCGGCAGACGCCGAUAUGCAACGGCGCCGGCCCGCAGUCCGCAGUUCGCAGCGCGCACGGAGCCCGUACCGUCUGUCGCACACAGUGUCGGUGUCACAAGUUUUCUAUGUCUCCAGCUGUGCGAGUGACUGGUUGUACUGUUAACGGAACUGAAAUAAAAAUCACAAAACAAC